AGCGCGCGGGGAGCCGAGGGCGGGGCUCAGGCAGCGCCUCUCCCGGUGCUGCGCGGCGGCUGCAGGCUGUGGCUGUGGCUGUGGCGGUGCUGGCGGUGUCACGGCCCGGCCCGGCCCCGGGGCGCCCGGCCGCGAGGUACCGCACGACAUGGGCCGCGGGCGGGAGCAGCGCUGAGCAACGAGCCAACACUGAGCGGAUUGAGGCGGCCAGCGGGGCCGGGCCGGCCUGGAAUGCGGCUGGGGAGCGAGGAUGGGCACGCAGGGCAGCCCGGUGAAGAGCUACGAUUAUCUGCUCAAGUUCCUGCUGGUGGGAGACAGCGACGUGGGCAAAGGGGAGAUACUGGAGAGUCUCCAGGACGGCGCCUCCGAGUCCCCGUACGCCUACAGCAACGGAAUUGACUACAAGACUACUACCAUCCUGUUGGACGGCAGAAGGGUCAAGCUGGAGCUCUGGGACACAUCAGGGCAAGGCAGAUUUUGCACCAUUUUCAGGUCGUACUCCAGAGGAGCCCAGGGGAUUCUCCUGGUGUAUGACAUCACCAACCGCUGGUCCUUUGAUGGGAUAGAUCGAUGGAUGAAGGAAAUAGAUGAGCAUGCCCCAGGGGUGCCCCGGAUCCUGGUGGGAAACAGACUUCACCUCGCCUUCAAACGGCAGGUGCCCACAGAGCAGGCCCGGGCGUACGCAGAGAAGAACUGCAUGACGUUCUUUGAGGUCAGCCCACUGUGCAACUUCAACGUCAUAGAGUCCUUCACAGAGCUGUCUCGUAUCGUCCUUAUGCGGCACGGCAUGGAGAAGAUCUGGAGACCCAACAGAGUGUUCAGCCUGCAGGACCUGUGCUGCCGAGCCAUCGUCUCCUGCACCCCCGUGCACCUCAUCGACAAGCUGCCGCUGCCCGUCACCAUCAAGAGUCACCUGAAAUCCUUCUCCAUGGCCAACGGGAUGAACGCGGUGAUGAUGCACGGCCGCUCCUACUCCUUGGCCAGCAGCGGGGGAGGCAGCAGCAGCAAAGGCAACAGCCUGAAGAGAUCCAAAUCCAUUCGGCCGCCCCAGAGCCCCCCCCAGAACUGCUCGCGCAACAACUGCAAGAUCUCUUAGCAGGACGAGCACGCCGUGAGCUCCGUGUGCACCCACACACCCAUGUACAGAUGUUUGCACACUUCACCCUUUCCGACCGGAUCCUUUAGGAUGGGCCUCGGCUGCUUCCCCCGCGGUGCACGCAGGCGUCGGGAAUGUGCUCUCCUUUGGCCCCGCAUGUGAAGCGUGCUGCCGGCUGCAGGGGGGACAGGACUCUGCCAAGUGACCCUCCAGGAAUGCUUUGGGCUUCACCUCUCGGCCUGGGGUGGAAAAUUCAGCAGCUGCCGGGUUGGGGAGGGGGGGGGAAGGGGGGAAAAAAAGCUCAUCCCGUUUCGAUGGAGAAAUGGAUUUAAUGGCAGAUUGAGAGGCUUAAGGGAGUAGGCAAGGAGAGUCUGUGCUGCGACUUUAACUCUUGGACUCCUGAGCGAAUCACUGGUGCAAUAGUGGUGGUUGGGUGCAGUGAGAAAUGAAGACAUAAAAACAAAAGAAGAAGAGGGGGGAGGGAGCAGUGACUGUAUUCACCGAGAUGUUCACCUGCUGUUGCCAAAAAAAUAGAGCUAAGGUGCAAAAGGCGAGAGUUGGCCGUGAGGAGGCUGGAGGAAGCAGCCUGCGUGCCUUCUGCGGUUCUUGGUGUACAUAUUAUACAUAGGUGUAUAUCUCUCAGCUGUUUUGUAAGGGGUUGUUUUGUUUUUUCUUAAGAAGCAGUCAGGGAAAAUUUUCUGCAGCCAUGUAAAUAAAAGCAGGGGAUUAAUUUAACCAGUGGCAGCAAGAGGGGCAAAGUGGAGGGUGUUCAGGUGAGGGGGUGUAAAUGCUUGAAGAGACUCUGACCCACUGCAGGGGUUGGUAGGAGGAUUUUGAAUACUGCUUAUACAGAAGGAAAGAGCCAUCGGUGCGUUCCAUGCCCCCCAAGCUGCUUUACUUUGAUCAUUCCAUAGUGUGAGCACUGAGGGCAGGCUGGGGUUGAAGCUGAGGGGGCAGAGCAGAGAGGCUGAGGUGUGGGGUUGAUGUGAGGCAGGGGCAGCUCUGAGCCCCCCAGGUGGCUGAUGCCUCAUUCAGCUGCACAGCAGAGGACGCAGAGCCAGCAGGGACUGAGGAGCAGAGGUUGGAAGCGCUGAGCCCAGAGCAGAAGGAAGAUGUGGGCUGCCCUGUGUCAGUGCAAGGUCUUGGCCAUCCAUUCCAGAGCCCCACUGUGCCAUGCUCCGAGCACUCCUGGAUCCUCACGCUGCCACCCCAAGCUGCCCACCAUCCUGACCUCUUGCUCUGCUUUCCCAAAGACAUCCUGCCAAGCUCGUGGCUCCUCCUGGAUGAAGGUGGGAAGGGACGAAGCGGCUUUUCCUGCUGGAGCACGAAGGAGCUGGGAGCGGGGCUGCAUCUCCUGUGGGGGUGUGCUCAGGGCUGCGGCAGGAAACAGGGAGAAGCAGAGGGAGCACAGGACUGCUGCAGUGCUUUGGAGGUGUGUGCUACGCAGCUGGAGCCUGGGAUGUGCGUGCAGAGUGAGGGAUAUCCAGCAAGGGCCCGUCCAUCCCUGGCUUUGUCCCAUGGCAGCGUGUUGGUUGUGCUGAUGGUUCACCUGCAGACUGAAAAGCUGCACCUCGUCCUCCCAAGGGAUGGGGCCUGGCAGUGGUACUGGGCUGUGCCAAUGGCUUCCCUCAGACAGCCGUGCCAUGUGGACUGGGGGUCAUCCACGUGGAGCAGAGCAGCACUGCUAUCUCUGUCCUGCAGCUGACAGCUCGGGGCCCCUCUUGCACUGUGGGGCAGGAUGAAGCCCAGUGCUGCUGCCGGGCUGAUGCCCCUCGGUGCAUGCAGCCCCCCUGCAGAACAAAGCCUAGCGCUGGGGGGGUUCAGGGCUCGGCCCUGGCACGCUUUAUUGCCCGGCUCAAAUGAGCGAGGAGAGAAUUAAAGCCCGUGCCGAGACGGGGAGAAGAAUCCUUUGUAGUGGUGAUUUGGCUCGAGAGCAAAGCAGGCCGAAUUCAGCACGGAGUCCGAGGGAUUUCCAGAACCUGUCUGAGACGGCCGGCACCUGUUCCCCAUCACUUAACACACAGCAGAAGACAAUCGCUGGCUCUGCAGCCUGGCAGGCCGGGGAUAUACAGCCAACAGGUGAUGCUCCAGCACUGCGAGGGGCGCUGGUGGCUGCCUCCUGCCUGCGGGCACCCGGGAUCCCAGCCCGGAGUCACGGAGCUGCUGCAUGCCCGGAGCUCAUCACACACCUCUGCUUGGUUCUGCUUCGGUCCAUGUGCCGCCUCCUGCUCCUUCUGCCCAAAGCUGAUGUUUGUUCUUUUCAUCCUGUAAGUCGAGAAGAUCCCAGCUGGAGGGAGGAUGGAAGAUGGACCCGGUGUGUUUGCUCAGCCAUGUAUUGUUAUUAUUCUUUAAUUUAAAAGGAAAAGAGGUUUUUGCAUCUGAUGUCGACACUAGUCUGUAGCUGCUCCCCCCACCUGUACCAUUCCUGAGGGGUUCUUUUGGACUGUCCUUUUAUUUUUGUAUUCCUUUGUACAGUCAGUGUUGUUCAACUGAUUCCACAUGGGUUUGUUUUAUAUAAAUUAAAGCCUUUUUUUGGUUUGGAACUGCCGA